AUGCCAUCGACUAAGACUGAUUCCGAACCAGCUUCCACCACUGUAACGAAAUCGACAUCCAUCGUGUCCGAAGGAAAUCUUACACGACAAGGCAAAGCAUUUGUAGUUUCAUUGAACACUGCAGCUUUCAUUUGUCUGGUGUUUUUCGCAGCCUUGGGAGUUGGAUAUACUAUUUGGCUACUAUAUUGGCGUCUGCAUGGUAAGAAAAGAAGGGAGAAGAAGAAGCAAUUGGAGGAAGCGAUCAACGGUGCAAAGUCAGGGAGUGACACCAAAGUUUAG